UUUUUUUUUGGAUGAAGCUCCUUUCGAGAUGGCAUCGGCUGUUGCAAAAUUAGUUUUCAAUAUUCUCUGCGAUAAUGACGGCAGUUUGGAGGUCUCGCAGCUGAAUGCGAAGCUCCAGAGCGGUUUCAAAGUUAAACUGGCGGACCUGGGCUCGGUUCUUUUCGACGACGGUAAAAUUGCGAUUCGGGAGGGCAAACAGUCGUUUGCACCGGGAGGUAACACCAGGCCGGACUCUCUGGUUGUGGCUAAAACCAGUUUAAGGCUUUGCCAGAGGAAAGCUGGGGAGUGCACCCGAUGUGACGGUUUACACCUGUGCAGGUAUUUUGUCUGCGGAGGCUGCACGUUCGGAGCCACCUGUAAAAAUCCACACAGUCUGGAUUCUCCACACAACGCAGAGCUUUUAAGGAGAUAUGGUCUUCAGCAGUUGACGGAGAAACAACUUUCCCAGCUUUUACUGCAGAAUGAUCCAUUUCUGCUUCCUGAGGUUUGUCCACAUUACAAUAAGGGCGAUGGUCCGUUUGGCUCCUGCGGAUUUACCACCUCCUGCAGAAAGCUCCAUGUCUGUCAGCAUUUCCUCCAAGAUGAUUGUAUGUUUGGCUCUAGAUGCAAGAGACGCCAUACUUUUGAUGAACAAGGAAUGAAGCUUUUCAAAGGAUUCAGUCAGGGGAAUAUUCAAAGCCUGUACAAGAUCUACAGGAAUAAAUUCAUUAUCGCUGGACAGCAUGAUAGUCAAGCUGCUGCUCCAGUGCGUCCGAGGGUGACAUCCAGUCAUCAGUCUCCUUCCCAUCGGCCUACCCAAAUCAAUUCUAGAUCACCCUCCCAACCUGUCAGUCCUUCAAAACCUAACAUUGAUGGUGACGGGAACGAAAUCUGCCUCUACAAUAUUCGUACAAUCUGCGGCUUCAAAGAGAAAUGUGUGCACGUCCACUGGAACCUACCUUACAAAUGGGAGGUGCUGAAAAGAGAUGGUGUAACUUGGAAGGACUUGCCCGAUAUGGAAGAAAUUGAAAAGGCGUACUCUGACCCAGCAUGCAACACUAGCUGCAUGGAUCCCCUGCUUUCUAUGAUGGGAAUGUUCCCCAGUCUUAAUCUUAGAUCUGCAUCUAACAUUAAACAGCAUGUUGACUUUAAAACAAUGACCUACGGAGGGUCUGCGGUCCGUCGACUGUCCACUGUAUCUUCUGUCUUACAUCCGCCGCACUUCAUUCUCACAACUCAGUGGAUUUGGUACUGGAAAGAAGACGAUGGAUCAUGGGUCGAGUUUGGAAAGGGGGGAGGAGACACCCCCGUGACUUCUGAAACGCUGGAGAAAAUGUACCUGGCAGACAAAGAUGCAGAGAUCACCUUCCAGGCUGGCAGACAUCAUUAUAAACUGCAUUUUAAAGAUGCAGAAGGAACCCAGCAGAUGUAUCAGCAGAAUCUAAAACACCAAACCAAACGAGAGGUCCGAAGGAGGCCUCGCUAUGUGUCAGCUCAGGAUGUGAAGGACCUGAAGAGUGGAUCAUCGCACAGCUCCAGCUCCUUCACAGCUGAACAUAUUCCACCCCACUGGGACAAGAAAGCUCUGCCUGAUUUGGGAUAUAAACUCGUGCUUCUCUCCAGAUCUGAACCAGAUUAUAAUAUUGAGGCGGAUUUCAGAUCCACCAUGCCCUGCAGCAGAAUCGAGAGCAUCCAGAGGAUCCAGAACCCCUCCUUGUGGAAAGUCUUUCAGUGGCAGAAGGACCAGAUGCAGAAGAGGAAUGGGGGAAAACCUGUAUGUGAAAGGCUUUUGUUCCACGGGACUGAAGAGAACCUGGUUGACCCCAUCUGUGAUCAAAAUUUUGACUGGAGGAUGUGCGGUGUCCAUGGAACAGCCUAUGGGAGAGGGAGCUACUUUGCCAGAGAUGCAUCCUACUCAGACAAAUAUUCCAGAGUUGGAGGGAGUCUGAAAAAGAUCAUGUUUGUUGCUCGAGUGCUAGUGGGUGAAUACACGAAGGGAAGGAGCAGCUACGUUCGCCCCCCAUCAAAACCAGGAAGCAAAGCUCUCUACGACAGCUGUGUUGACUCCAUUAGCAAACCCAGCAUAUUUGUCAUCUUUGAAAAACAGCAGAUUUAUCCAGAGUACCUUAUCAGGUACAGAUAAGAAAAAGAAAGGGAAAAAAUCGCUUUAUUUGCCAUCAGCAAAAUCCAUAAUGGGACACUUUAGUUUGACGCUCAUUUUGACGUUUCAUUGUUUGCUCCAAAACAUGCAGUCCGGCUUUCUUUGUGUAUUUUGUAUUUACUACUAAAAAGCGCUUAUUUACCCCUAAACUUGGACAAUCCUAUGUUCAAUGAGACGUCUGUCUGAGUGGGUAAAGAUCCUUUUGUUGAGUAAAUCAACUAUGGUCCCAAAGCCAUUGCUCUCUGAUGCUGUAGAUGGAAGCAUAUUAUGAAAAUGCUCAGGUACAACCUACCAUUCCGUGUAUAGUUAGUUAAAACUUGAUUUAAAAAAAAACUCAUAAAGAUUUACUUGAAAUUUUAGAAUAUAAAUUGAUAUGUUAAUUUACAGAGGACGAAGACAUUUAGAGAAAACUGUAAAUGCAAAGAAAUUGAAACCUGCAUGCGUCCUAUUGCAAAAAGUAACGGGAUUAUUCUUAUCUAGAAUAUGUUUAUUGCUUUAAAUGCCGUACAGAAAUCAUAAGAUAUAACUGACAAACAAACUUAAUAAAAAAAGUUUAAUGUCAAAACUGCUCUUAUAACCUGGACAAUACGCUGUUAAAAGGAUGGACCCUUAGUGUACCCAUGAGUGUCCCAAUAAUCUUGUGUUAACCUUUUAUAAGGUAAAAGCAGUGAUUUCUGUAUUGUUUUGCUUAGAAAAGGGUUUCAUCAGUUGGAUCUCACUAGUUUUAUGCAGCUCAAUAUAACUUUUCUGAUGCUAUUUCAUGUGUACUUUGAAGAUUUUAAUUUCCAUACCUGAAACUGUAUGUCUUGGUAUUUGGAUAAUCUUAUAUGAAGAUAAUUGUGAAUUUUAUAUGCAUAGAGGGGAUUUUAUUUCAUCUUUA